AAACUCAAACGAAGCCUCGGAUUUAAUAACCAGCUGAUCUCACAUCUCAACUCGAGAAUGUCGUCUUGCUGUGCUUUAAAUUUUGCCUGAAGGGGCGGAAUUAAAUUUUCAAAUUAUGUUGGUCCUGGUGCUUGGAGAUCUACAUAUUCCCCACAGGUGUCACAGCUUACCUCUGAAGUUCAAAAAGCUCUUAGUACCAGGAAGGAUUCAGCAUAUAUUAUGUACUGGUAACUUAUGUACUAAAGAAUCUUACGACUACUUGAAAACGCUGGCUAGUGAUGUCCAUGUAGUCCGAGGAGACUUUGAUGAGAAUCUAAAUUAUCCAGAGCAGAAGGUCGUAACUGUUGGACAGUUUCGAAUCGGGUUGUGCCAUGGGCAUCAAGUGGUACCUUGGGGUGACCCAGACAGUCUCGCCCUUGUACAACGGCAGCUGGAUGUGGACAUUUUAAUAUCUGGGCACACCCAUAAAUUUGAAGCUUAUGAACAUGAAAAUAAAUUUUACAUAAAUCCAGGAUCAGCUACUGGAGCUUAUAAUCCUUUGGACAGUUCUGUCAUACCAUCGUUUGUCUUAAUGGACAUCCAGUCAGCUACAGUUGUGACAUACGUAUAUCAACUUGUCGGAGACGACGUGAAAGUCGAGAGGAUCGAGUACAAGAAAGCAUGAUAGUCCGAACUGUUAACUUUCAUAUAGAAAAUUAUUCCAUUAUAAACACCUGGCUGGUAAAUUUGUAAAUACAUCAACGAUUAUUGUGAUUCGUUUUGUACUCAUAAAACUAUAUAUUCAUUGCCAAUAUAUAUUAUAUAUAUAUAUAUACACUAUAUGUAUAUCAGCUUGGUGGUCAUAUUGUUGUUGAAACUGAAAGUUAGCAAGAUGAUGCAGAGUGUCUAAUAGGUAAAUUAAAAUAUU